AUGCACUAUUACAACCAGGGUGGACAGCAAGGCGGCUAUUACCCUCCACCACCUCCCCAAGCAUACGGUGGACAGGGAUACGCACCUCAACAGCCAUACGGGGGCUAUGCACCACAGCAGCCGAUGUACGUUCAACCCCCACCCCAAGAGAAAGGCGGUGGCGGCGGUGCUGGUAGCAGUGCGUGUUGCGGUUGCUGUGCUUGUCUCGCCGGUAUUUGCGCUUGUUGCCUUUGUGAGGAUAUUCUCUGUAUCGAGGCGCUUUGCUAG